CCAAACCCUUCCUCCCGUGGAAUCUCCCUGGAGAGGGUUUUGCCGGAUCCAGUAGCCCCAAAGCGCGGCGCGGGGUCGGCAGGGACGGGCACGGGGCUCAGGGUGUCUCCUCCGCAGGACCUGCUGUCCCCACACGUGUCCUCCUGCCGUGGCCACCCAGGACGGAGGGAGAAGGCGAGUGAGGAGCCCCCCGGCCCCCACAUGAACCCCUUCCCGGUGAGGCGGGAUCAGCGCCGGCACCGGAGGACACCAUGGAGCUGAGCCAGGAGGGCGCCUGAAGCUGCUGGAAGGAGUGGGAUGGGCUGGGGCGACAUGGACCCCCCCAACAGCAGCCUGGCCAGCCGGUCAGACACGUGCUUCGGGGUCUUCAAUGCCAGCGAGGGUCACAACACGGUGCAGAACAGCAUCACCUCGCCCUGGUUCUCCACGGCCUUCGGCCUCAUCGGCCUCUGCUCCAACCUCUUCGCCCUCUGCGUCCUGCUCAGCUCCUCCCGAAAGCUGUCCAGCCGGACCCGCUCCUCCUUCCUCGUCUUCCUCUGCGGGCUGGUGGUCACGGACUUCAUGGGGCUGCUGGUGACGGCCUCGGUCAUCAUCCCCUACCACUUCAUCAAGUUCACCUGGGCCAAGGUGGACACCGGUUGCCACCUCUGUAACUUCCUCGGCUUCUCCAUGGUCUUUUUCGGACAGUGCCCGCUGCUGCUGGGGGCCACCAUGGCUGGGGAGAGGUUCUUUGGCAUCAACCACCCCUUCUCCCGCUCCACCAGCAUCUCCAAGCGCCGCGCCUGGUCCAUCGUGGGGCUGGUGUGGGGCUUCUCCUGCCUGCUGGGGCUGCUGCCGGUGCUGGGGCUGGGGCGGUACACGCUGCAGUACCCUGGCUCCUGGUGCUUCAUCACCCUCCUGCCCGACACCGGCGAUGUCAUCUUCUGCCUGCUCUUCGCCCUCCUGGGCAUCUUCUCCGUGCUGCUCUCCUUCAUCUUCAACACCGUCAGCGUGGUGACACUCUGCCGUGUCUACCAUGACCGGGAGUCAGUGCAGCGGCGCCGGGACAGCGAGGUGGAGAUGAUGGUGCAGCUCGUGGGCAUCAUGGUCAUCGCCACCAUCUGCUGGAUGCCCCUCCUGAUCUUCAUCGUGCAGACAGUCCUGCAGCAGCUGCCGGCCGACGGCCGGAUCCGGGUGCUGCCCCCCGAGACGCAGAAGAUGCUGCUCAUCUACAUCCGCAUGGUCACCUGGAACCAGAUCCUGGACCCCUGGGUCUACAUCCUCUUCCGCCGGGCCGUGCUGCAGCGCGUCUACCCCAGCCUGCGCCCCCGCCCCUCCGUCUUCUCCCUCUACCCCGUCCUCAACCCCUCCCUGCGCCGAAAGCUCACCUCCGAAUCCGUCCUGCAGUAGUGGCCCCCCCCCUUGUUAGCUAGUAGAGGG